AUCUCUUCAAAAGGAAACUCAAAAUUUCGGCCGAUCUUCUCUCUCGAUUCAAUUAUGGCUUCUCUUCGUCGCCAAAGGAAAUUUGAAUGUGUUGUAUCUUUUCAUCCUAACCUCUCUCUUCAUUUAGAUCUAAAAUACCCCAAAUUGAGAUUCAAAAAUCAAAAUCGAGAUUCAUUGGCUCUAUAAUCACUGCUAAUAGUAAUUGCAAAGAUUGAAGAAUAUGGAUGGCGGAGGAGAGACGAUGACAUGGAGGAGGCGGAGGUCUUGUUCGAAGGACGAUUUUCUCCCUAAGGAAUCAUUCAGGGACGGGGGCGAUUCAAUGCGCUCAAGCAAAUGCCUUCCAGGUUCGUCGAGCGGGUGUUCAGCAGGUCCUACGAAGGGGCAGAGCUGGCCGCCAGAUCCCGGAGCAACCAUGAGAUGAAGAAGAGUCUACCGUGGUGGGACGUGAAGAAGAAGAAUAAAAGAAAAAGAAGAAGAAAAAGAAGAAGGGAGGAAGAGGAGGAGGAAGAUUGGAGAAGAUAAAGGUAAGGAGAAAUGAUGAUAUUGAUGAAUAUGAUGAUGAUUAAAAUGACGGAGGGAUGAAAAAUCCCUCCUUGGCAAGUUUUUCAAUAAUGUAGGGUACCUGCGAGUAUAUUUUAAAAAUUAAGGGUACCCGACAGUUCUUAUCACAAAAUGAGGGGUACCCAUCAGUAAUUUUUUGUCAGUAUAAAUGUAUAAGUAGGGUUGGUUUCUCUUCGUUUAACCAUCCUCUAAUUACUAUUUUAAAUUAUCAUGCAGAAUAUCCCAGGUAGAGAUAUACAACCAGGGGCCUUUAAUAACAUCUUUUCAAUGUUGAGGUCAAACGUGCACACUUUAAUGAGUUCUGUCCUUCUUAUAAUGUGACUAGCAUUUGUUUCAAUGAGCAAAUCAUUUCAAAAUUCAAGGAUAUAGAUCUAGCCUUGCUUUUUUUAAAGCUUUGACAUGUGGCCUUGCUUUAUAUUAAUAUAUUGCAUUAUAUUAAAUAAACACGGGUCAUUUUUUAUUAUAUUGCAAUAUAUGAUUUGGGUAAAAGCACUUUCACUGAUUUGGGUUGUUAUAUAUGAUAAUAAUUAUUGUUUCAAAGUUGAAUUAUUCUAUUUUUUUUCUUAAUACUCUCUUAAACAUCUUGGAUUAUUUAAUUCUUCCAUCUCCACUGUUGACAUGCAUAAUUGUUUGUAGCAUCAUUUCCCGAGUAAGCAUAGCAAAAUACGAGUCCCUAGCUUUUGGAACAAGCCUUGCACAACACAAAGUUGUAUCCUACAUGAUCUUCUGUGUCAUCCAUGGAAAACUUCAACGAUAAGCUUGAAGCAAAUCUUAAGAAGUGGGGUGGUGGAAUCCACAACAACCAAGCCUUAUGUGAUGGAAUCAUGGGUACAAAAUCCCAAGCCAAGAAAAAAGGUAAAGGAAAAGAUUCUUUAGAAGGAAUCUACUCAGAAAAUUAUUUGAGUGUAAUCUUUAUCUUUUAUUUGAUGUUUGUUGUUAUUUAGAGAUACUAAAAGUGUAGGAUACAACUUUGUUAUCUAAGCAAUGUUACUUUAAAUUAUUUUUGAUAUGAUCAAUACUACCUGAUAA